CCAUGAGAGUUUGUGGAUCCGCAUUAAAAUACAAAAAAAUCAGCACUGGAAACAAUCGAAGCCAUUUCUUAACUUAGAAAAAGCGAGAGCUUUUCAAUCAAAUACAUUGUUAUUAUUAGCGAAUAUAUUACCUUCGCGUAAAUUCAUAAAGGCGAUAGGCAGCUGUAUCGGAAAAGCAGGCAACCGGUAAAGAAAGAGGAUGAACGAGUGGGCGCCUGUAGCGACCGUGUACAACCCUCUCAGAGCUGGGAGCAUCGAUGGUACAGACGUGGAGCCUCACGACCGGGCCGUGUGGAGGGCGAUGGUGGCACGCUAUGUCCCCAACAAAGAAGUGGUAGGGGACCCUCACCGCACUCUGUUCGUAUCCCGACUCAACCGCCAAACGACAGAGGAAAAGCUGAAAGAGGUCUUCUCCAAAUACGGAGACAUUCAGAGGCUUCGUCUUGUCAGAGACAUCGUCACAGGGAUAUCCAAGGGAUAUGCGUUUAUUGAAUACAAGGAGGAGCGCGCCCUUUUAAAAGCUCACAGGGAUGCCAAUAAGCUGAUUGUGGACCAGCGUGAGCUCUUUGUGGACUUUGAACAGGAGAGAACCCUGAAAGGCUGGGUCCCACGCCGCCUUGGGGGAGGGCUGGGGGGUAAGAAGGAAUCGGGGCAGUUGAGGUUCGGCGGACGGGACAGACCUUUCCGAAAACCCAUCAAUCUGCCCAUGAUGAUGAGCGACCACUCAUUUACGGACAGGCAGCACGCAAGAGGAGAGAGGCAGCUCUCCCAGGAGAGAGUACGCGACAGGCAGAGGGAGAAGGGUAUUGACAGAGAUGAGAGACGGAGGGACAGAUCCCAGGACAGAGAGAGGGCAAGAAGGGAAGAGAGAGAACGGAGUGAUAGGGAUCAUGACAAAGAAAGGAAAGACAGUAAGCGGGAGCGACACAGAAGCAAAGAGCGCGACUCCAAAAGAGCAAAGGAUGAAAGCAGACACAGGGACAAGGACAGACACAAAGACAGAAAAUGAAGUGUCUGUUUUUUUUUCUUGGCAUUGCUGAUUCUUUCUAUAUUUCUUUUUACCGGCAAAAUUCUGGGGCUGAUCAAAUGACCAAAAACUUGGGGGUUUGCCUCUUGUUCAGUGAGAGUGUACCACUGAUGCUGUACAGUAAUCACUUCCAUAGCAGUGGACCCCAAGCAGAGAGAGCUUGAACUAAACAAGACAAGAGCCUUUAAAGGGGAGACGACCAGAAUUUCGAUUUUCUUAUCACUUCAAGAAGCACACAGUACAGCAGCGAAAGAAAGUGUGCACUCCCUUAUUGCUGGUGGUAAAAGCAAGUGUCCCUGAUCCAAAGGCUCUCAGUCCAGACCAUGUGAGGAAGAGCAGUCUAAGCUUCAUACAGCUGAAAAAUAUCAACAUAUUUCUGAUUUAAAGCAAAAACCAUAUUUUAGGGGACAAUUUGUAAUGGUAGUAUGGAUUUUGAAGCCUUGGUUGGCAUUUAACAGCCUAGUGAUUUGUUAUUAUUAUUGUCUGGAUUACGUUUCAUGUCAUUUUUUCAUCCUAGAAUUUAUUGUAUUUCAGUUUCCCAAUCGCAGUAUUUCUAAAAAAUAAAUAAAUAAAACACAAAGCCAUUCAAAAUGUGUUUUAUUUUAUUUGUGUAAGUUGGAUGCUAACCUUGUAUGUGGUAUGACAUGUGGUCUUAAAUCCACUGGAUUUGGGUUGUUCAGAUCCACUGGUCCUGUAUUAAUAAUGGAUUGUACUACGCUUACUCCUGCUCCCAUCAGGACACAGGAAAGGUGCACAAGUGGACAGUGCUCAGCAAACAGCGGUGCAGGGAUCGCAGGAACUUUAUUGCUACAUUAUUGAAAUUGAAAUCUACAAGGCAUUUGCUGUGAAGUAUGGGUGCUAAUCUCUAUGUAUUUUCCUAAAUGUUUAAACUUUAGCAUGUUUGGAAUGUUGGUAACAGAUCAGAAAAUCCAUCGUAAGAAAUGACAGGAACAUGCCCUUGAGUACCAGACUGUGUGUACAGGAUUUCAUUGCACAUAGAGAAGACUGAAGAAAUAUAGAAGAUGAAAUCAAGUGGCCUAUACUGUACCCUUCCUGCUUACAAUUUAAACUCUUAACAAAAAGCACAACAGGAAGUAUGAUAGGAUUGCAAGUACUUUAUUAAGCAGACAUAGCUUGAGUCAAUACUGCAUUACUGAUUUGGAAAAAGAAAACACCUUUUGAAUAACUAAUAUCUACAAUACAAAAACGCUCUGAAAGAUAAGACGAAAAGCUACUGCAUUUACAGUAAAGUGUUAAUUUAAUAAAUUGUCAUGAAAUAUGUUUUUUUUUUAAUUCUAUUUUUUUAGGAUUUAUGGGAUGUCAGGCGUUAACAAGACUACAGCUGUACAGUAUUGUAGGCUGAAAAGCAAGGACAAAACACAAUCUUUUUUCCCUAUUUCAUGUUAUUGGCAAUUUUUUUAAAUUAUUAAUUUUUUUAAAACCCAGAAUUGAAAUGACGGUUAUCCCUUUAUUUAACACAAUCAAGUGAUUUUUAAUUCCUUAUGCGUUUCCCGGGUCGAACAGAACAACACGUGCUGAAGACAGGUUCAGCUCUUCUGCUCUACAGAACAGGGCUCAUUAAGAUUAGCUUGGAUACACAGCACAGGCAAACAGUCUGUAAGGGAAGUGCUUAAACCUAAUUCAGUUUUGUAGUAAAGCAAUAACAAAAACACUGCUAUCCUUCUUACUAUGCCAACAUAUACAUUGAGAGUAAUCAUAUUUAAUACAAUUUAUAAAAAAUAGAAAGCAAAACAAUUAGCCAGGUCUUACAAGACCGAGUUAACAGUUUUUAGUUUUUUUUUUUCAUAAUACUGUUUUAUGGUGUUCUCCAAGCCCAAGGGACCAUUUCAUAACUCCCUUCUCACUCCAGUAUCAUUAGGGUCAUUUCUCGGAAUAGCAAAGUAACUUUUGCAGACAUUAUUUCUGCAACGUGCUGGUGAAUGAGGGGAUGCUGAUAAUUCAGUGUGUCCAGGUGAAGUCGGGUGCGAUUCUAGGUAACCAAUUAACAACAGUUUUAAUGAAGCACCCCAGAUGCAAAACAGGCUGAAGCGUUGGGUUUUUUUUGUACCAUUUCAUGUACCAUGUGCCGCUUGGCCAAAUCGCUCUUGUAAAUCUGGUUAAGUAAAGGUUUCGGAUUUUUUUUUUUUUUUUUUUUUUUUUUUUUUU